CAGUGAAGACGAUUAUCGAGCGCUGCGUAUCGACGGCACAAUGGCAAGUCAGAUGUUAGUCACUAUCGUGGUGUUUUGUGGUCUCAUCGCGGGACUAUCGGGCCAGGAGUAUUGUAAUCCCUCGUACUGUGGUACCAGCAUCAACGUUGGCUGCAAUCCUCCACCAUUGACCGGGGGGCCGCUCUGCGCUGCCAUUAAUGGCAGUGUCGUAGACCUUAAUCCCACCAUUCAGGCGUUUAUCCUCUCCGAGCACAACCGGUUGCGCAAUCAGCUGGCGAUCGGGAACCUGACCGGAUUCGCGAGCGCACAACGUAUGCCUACGCUAGCCUGGGAUGAAACCCUCGCUGCCCAGGCUGGCCAUAAUGCUCGGUCUUGUAACUUUGCUCACGAUGCGUGCCGUAACACAGCAAAGUAUGCGUACGCAGGACAGAACUUAGCUAUCCAGUACUUCAACGGCAUGGACAGCACGGUUGAAUCGUUGGUAAGCGAUAUGGUGGCGUCUUGGUGGAGUGAGUACAAGGAUGCGACCCAGGCACAGGUUGAUAAAUAUCCUCGAGGUUAUACCGACCCCGCGAUCGGACACUUCACUCAGAUGGUAAGCGAUCGUUCGUCAACCAUUGGAUGCGCGAUGCAGUACUGGUUCGCCCUAGGCUGGGAUACGUACUACCUGGUGUGUGACUACGGAUUGACCAACAUUGGUAACCGACCGGUUUACAAGAAGGGUGUUACCGCUUCCAGGUGCAUCACCGGAACGAAUUCCAACUUUCCUGGUCUGUGCUCGACGAGCGAAGUGGUUCCACCACUACCGAACAUUGUCUGAUGUGCUUAAUCGAUGAGCUAACC